ACAUCGAAGGAGAGAAGCAGAACACAGCAGCCCAAAAUGUUCGGAGUGGUAUUCCCGAAUCGCAGUUUCCCCUUAGACAUCUCCACCUUCACCCAAAUCGACUCCACCCACUGGCUCCUAGACAUGAAUCACUUCGUCGGAGAAUCCUACGAUUCCAUCCGAGAAAUCUGCAUUUUCCUCCUCAACAAUUUCACUCUGCCCCCCGACAAGGCCCUCGCUCUCUACAUCCAAUCCCCCGGCAGCCCUUUUCUCUUCUGCGGCGCCGUCACGAUUUCCCGCCCCUCCGCCGUCCUUUCUCUCCCUUGGCCAGAGCCCGGAAGCGGAAGUGUGCCCCAGUUGACGGCGCCGGACGCUCCGCCUCUAUCCGCCAAGAUCGGCGUGUCGGUUGAGGAUUUGGCGGCGCUGCCUUCGCUUGACGUGGCGGCGGAGAGGAAGAUUGAGCGGCUGGCCUUGAAAGUUGGGGAGAAUUUGUUCAAUUUCAUGCAGUCGUUUUGUGGGGUGGAUGGGUCGAAGCUGGUUGUGCCAAUGGAUAUCUUGGACCGGUGGUUUAAGAAGUUUCAGGAAAGGGCUAAGCGUGAUCCAGAAUAUCUGAAAGGUUUCGCCUUGUAGAAGUAAAAGAUCGUUGAGAUAUGGUGACAAACAGUGAUGUACGAACACAAUUUGAGAAGAUGAACCAGGAUGAUAGAGGGUUUAGCAUGGCUGGAAGGGGAAUCAAGUUCAGUCUUCAUAUCAUGACAAGUAGAAGAGAAAGAAAGGACCUCAAUAAGUUAUAGUGCCGGAUUGUUGUAAUAUUAGAUGUGUUUAUUCGCGAUCGAUGAAGUUUCUUGUAAUGCCCAGAAGGGAAUUUUGGACCAAAAAGUUUGUGGAAAUGUAAAUAGGGAAAUGAAGCUGA